GUGCAUCAUGCUGUUCCAUCCGGAGUUUGAGGGGGCGGGGCAGAGGGCGGGGCUUCAGGUGUGGCGGGUGGAGAACAUGGAUCUGGUUCCUGUCCCUGCCCCCUUGCACGGAGGUUUCUACAGCGGAGACGCUUACCUGGUCCUCCACAGCUCGGAGAACCGCCGGGGGGUUCUGCUGCACCACCUGCACUACUGGCUAGGGUCCGAGUGCUCUCAGGAUGAGAGCGGUGCAGCGGCCAUCUUUGCGGUCCAGAUGGACGACUUCCUGCAGGGGGCGCCGAUCCAGUACCGCGAAGUCCAGGGCUACGAGUCCAAAGCAUUCAUAGAGUACUUCAAAACCGGACUCAAGUACAUG